UGCGUCUUUACAAAUGGCGAGUCUUAUGGGGGAAACUUUGUUCGAAAUCAGCGGACAAGGGCCAGCUCCAAUGAAGGAUUACUUUCAUCUUCAAAUAGCAAAAUCAGAAGUGAUUUGGAGAUGGUGGAAGAUUUCUUUGAGAAGCGAAAGCACAAAACCUGGAGAAUUCAGGGAGUCACACUCAGAUUAUCUGGAGAACAGCAUGUUACAGAGCCAGGUUCGAGUGGUAUUCGGUUCUCGCAUCAUGCAACAUACUCUAGCGCUAUGUGAGGGACACUUCGAUUACCUGGAACGCCUUCCCAGACGACUCCUGCUUCGGAUCAUGACCUAUCUCAAUUUAGAAGACAUUGCACAACUUGGACAAACUUCUCAAGCUUUCAGAAAGUUGUGUGGCUCAAAUGAAUUUUGGGAACACACUUUCAGGGUUCACUACAACACAGUUCCCGCUGGUGUGGAGAUGUUGGCCAGUGAGCUAGGAUGGAAAACUGUUUUCUUUACCAGUAAGCUUCAGCUGCAGAAGCAAAUAAGUCGGCGAAGACAAAUGACUGAGGAGGAAAAUUGCCAAGAUAGGACAGAGCACACUAUUCCAAGUUUGAGCUACAUAAGUGACAAUGACCGAGGGGAUUGUACUACCCUGGAGUGAGAAUCCCUGUUCUUUGCAUACAUAUCGUACAGAAAAGAUUAACUGGAGCAUAUGUAUAGUAUAGAUCACCAUAACAAAAAUAGUUAAGGUGAUUUCUACAUCAUGUUUUGAAAUUGCAUACACUGGUUCUGUAUCCUGAACAUUGCAUUCGUUUAUGAACAGGUUGAAAUCCUCACCUUUAAAGGGACACCAGGCAAGCCUGAUGCUUUUUCUCUACAAAACCCCU